AUGAGCCCCAGCCAGCCAAGGAACUGUGGAGAGGGAGGAGACCGGCUGGGCAAAGCCUGCGGCGAGCUGAGAGAAUGUGAUCCUUGGGGAAAGAAGAUGGGGUUGGAACCAGACAAAAAACCUCCCAGGCAUCGCCCACAACCAAAGCCAGACCGUGCAGACGUGCGAGGUUGCAGCUCAAGGGAAGACUGGCUCCGAGUUCACCCGGAAAGCAUCCGAAUCGAGCCCCGCUGGUUUCAUUGGCUGAGCCCAGAGGAAAACCCCAAGCUCGAGCCGGGAGCCCCAGCCUACCUGGCCCUUUCUUCACAUUCCCACCCCGCGCCACGUGCCAUGCCUAACAUUCCACGCGACCCGAUCCGACUUAUAUUUAUUAAGCACCCACUGUCUACACCGCAUCACGGCAAGAAGCACUGCAGGAAGAAAUGGCCCCACUCCGGAAAAACCAAAAGGACAGCCGCAGGGACUAAGGACGAACCCAGGAGAGGGGUUAGCUGCCUGCGGAGAGGUGGUCUGGAGAGGAGCCCUCACCCUCACGUCGCGGGUCGAGAUAGUCCCAGGGAAGAAAUGGCCCCGAGGGGCGCGCCAGGCCCGGCCUCCCCGGACUCCGCCUCAGACCGGGCUGGAAGGGAAAAGGUAAGGAGUCGGCAUUGCCGAACCACCGCGCGCUCCUCUGCUCCACGGAGCGCGACCCCGACUCCGGUCCCCGGGAGAAUGGCGAGCGCGGGGACCGAACCCCCGCGAGGGCCGGAUUGGGCUGUCACUGGCUCCCGCUUCCCAGCCCUGCGACCAUGGCCGGCCACUCUCUCUCAGCGUGACAGCCACAGCGUCCGCGGACCGAGCGUCUCCGGCCCGGCGUCUCCGCUCUGCCAGACGCCGGCACCCCCUGCUGCCCCGCGCGGAACGGGACAGUGCCGGGAAGACCGCCCGGGCCCCUCCCCCCACCGGCCCCAUCCCCCGGACUCCGGAAAAGCGGUUACCUGGCGCGCGGGAGGGGGCGAGGACACGACCCCGAGGAGGAGGAAGAUGAGAAGAAGAACGGUGGCCUCCGGCCCAGGGAGAUUUGGGAAAUUUGGAAGACUUGUUCCGCACUGGGUGACAGCUGUUCGCUGCGCACGCGCACCCGGCCCCAGUCGCCCGAUCACUCCGCCACUCCUCACCCUCCCGUCGAGGGCUGGGAGGCAGCGGCGAGGGCGCGCGCACGAGGCCAGCCGGCUCUCCCUGCGCGAGGGCGCGCGCGUCGUCACGUGACCGCUGGGGCCCGGCACUUGGUGGGUCACGUGAACUUCCAAACAGCUUAAAGGUGCCAAGCACCUUCUUGCUUUGGCUUAAUUUUUCUCACAGUUCUUAGGCUAGGCUCGCUUGCCGCCGCGCUUCGUGUUUUCUGGAGAGGAACGUGUCCCCUUUUGCCCAGAAGGGGAAGAUACUUGAGUAGAAGGAAGAGACAGGUGCACAGAACCUUGCCUGGGAGCGCGUACCGGGUUCCCGCAGGGUUGGACUUGAUGAAGUCCACGCGCCACACGUCGCCCAGGGCUCCGACGCGGGCCUAUGGCGGUCCCCGGCGCGCAGACGUCAGAGUGGCGUUGCCAUGGGUGGGGCCUCGCAAUGCCCAGCGGAACCUGGCUAGGAUGUCUCGGCUUGCUGCUGGGCAGUAAUGACAGUGUUUUAUGACUGAGACUUCUCAGCCUCUAGACCGACAUGGGAGGUCCCAAGUGGGCUAAAGGUUGCCAACCCCUUAACAAGUAACUCAAGCAAGAAGCUUGUUAUUAGCCGAGAGGAGUCAAACUGUCCCGUAAUUCAGUCACCUACGCGGAACUAGUCCCGCCCGGCGCAGGUGUGCUCUUGAGUUGAAGAGUCCCGAGGUGACCCCAAUAGGAAUUCGGACUGGAGAUCACUCAAAAACAUGGGAUGACAGCAGUAUGGCCUGAAGUGUAACAGCAAGUUCAAGUGCCUCCGGACCCCUCAGAAAGUAGUUAAACUAGCUUGCUACAGCUUGUUACUUCUGAGCUUAUGUACUUCUGCCUUCCAAGGUGUCCGGAAGAACCACACAGACCUUACUUAAUUAAGCCUUUGCACUACCAAAGACCAGGUGUUUUGCAAAGCUGAACAAUUUUUUUUUUUUAACUUCCUGUAGAGACUCCAGCUGGGUCCCUUGUGGCGUUUCCCCUAACGUCUCAGCUAAGAUUGGGCAGAACCUUACACUUCUGAGCACACUUGGGCUGUCUUAUAUGCUGCGUUUUCUACUACAAUCCACUGGUUUUUGCUUUUUAAAAUAUCUGAACAGGUGCAUUUACCGCACCCUGGAAGUUUUUUUCUCACCGGAAGGAGCACUGCAAAGACAGAUAUGAAAACUGAACUGAAAUUAAGAAACAGCUACUAAACACCGGGGUCCUUGGAAGCCAUAUGCUGCACUGGACUAGGAACCUAGUACACCAAAAUUAAAAGUCUGGAAACCUGAAUUCCAGUCCAUUCACAAUUUGCAGACAGGUAAUAUUGCACAAAUAACAUUUGUUGAACACCGUAAAUCAAGUCUGCUAUUUUUUAACCUGAAAAAUGAGGGUGACAUACCAGCUUUGCUAAUUUUGAGAAUUUUUGAACAUUAAAGGAGGUAAUGUACAAUGUCAAAACACUUCAAAAGCUGUAAAGCAUUGUGUGAAUGUAUUAAUAUUAAGCACUUUAGUUUUGGAAAUUGAGCCUACUAGAAAAUCAACUGGAUUCAUGUCACAGAAGACAAUGUUGUGUCCUUAUUAUACGGAAAUACCUCUAUUGUAAAUUAUAAUAAAAAUUAAAAUUUUAGCCAUAUAGUAGGUUAAUUUAUUUGGGUGAAAUUAAAAAUGCCAGUUGUAAUAAGAUGGAGUUUGUAUACUGGAUACAUAGAUUUUCCUUGAAGCUUAUGUAAACUACUGUUCACCUCAGAGACAAUACUAGUAAAUUUUUAAAAUAUGUAUAAUGCAACAAAUUGAUAAAUAGAUACACUACUAAAUAAUAUAGUCUAAUUUUAAAUAUAUUGAAGUCCAUUAGACUUUUGAAAAUAUAAAGUAUUAAAUAACUAAUACUCAUUAAUGUUUCUAUUUAUCAUUAUCACAUACAUGUCUGUUACUUAUACAGGUACAAUACAAACAAACCAAUGACUAGAUGUUUAGAUGAUUUUUUUAAGUGUUACAGUGACUAUGAUAGUGAGUACCUAAUAAAAUUUGAAAUCCUG